UGACGGAGAACGGAAAAACAAAUGACCGGAGCUGUAGUGGUUUUGAUUUUCAAGGUUUCUUCCAAUUCUCUAUAGGUCAUCAAAAUUGAAGUUGGAGGCCAUCAACUACCAUGGCUUUGCUUGCUAAUACCUCAGCUAAUAUCUACUCUGUAACCAACCACGUAUCAUGCUCAAAUUCUACCUUCAUGGGUGGGAAGUUCACUGCCCUCUAUCUAAUUGAUUCUUGUCAGUUCUUGCAGUUACCUGCCAAAUCACCUAGCGGCGAUAAGUUUCGCACAAGGACUUUUGCGAGACGGAAAUCAGUGAAAAAAUGGACAAGGGAUGAGCGGUCACAAAAUGGUAUAGCUCUGGAAAGUACUGAGAAGGGUUUAGAAGAAGAGAGAGUAGUGUUAUCAGAUAAGUCUUCUUUAGAGGAUAAUUCUGUGGAAUCUGUGCAAAGUACACUCAACAAUAUCGCUUCAAGAAGUGAUGUGCUUCAGGCAUGCACUGUCACUUCUGGGUUGAUAGCUGCUUUGGGUAUAUUAAUCCGACAGGUGUCUCAUGUCGCAUCAAUGGAAGGACUGCCAAUCCUCGACUGCUCUACAGAAGUCUCAUUUGGUAUUGAGAUGUGGCAUCUUGAGUUGAUUACAGGAUUGGUCAUACUGAUUUCAUCAUGCAGAUACUUGCUACUGAAGACAUGGCCAGAUUUUGCUGAAUCAACAGAAGCAGCCAAUCAGCAGGUCCUUACAUCACUACAACCUUUGGAUUACUUAGUUGUUUCAUUCUUGCCGGGAGUUACUGAGGAACUUCUUUUCCGAGGUGCGCUGCUACCGCUCUUUGGAAUGGAUUGGAAGAGUGUCCUUCUAGCUGCCACCAUAUUUGGUGUCCUACAUUUGGGAAAUGGUCGAAAGUACUCCUUUGCUAUCUGGGCAACCUUUGUUGGAUUUGUCUAUGGCUAUGCUACCAUUGUAUCCUCAAGCUUGGUCGUACCAAUGGCUUCUCAUGCACUGAACAAUCUAGCUGGUGGGCUCCUGUGGCGACACACAUCAAAGCCAGCAAAAUAGAAAUCAGAUGAUCAUUUUUAUAUUACCUGUUUUACAACAUGAACACUAGCUAAUUUGACCAGUUAAAAACACGACUGCAAAGGGAUCCACAUAAAGGUAUACGCUAUAUCGUAGCCUAAUAUGGCUUCAGCAUGCUGCGUAGUUCUUUUGCCGAGUACAUACAUGUGCAGCCAUCUUAAUGUGAGUGAGUUGUAGAGUGUGAAGAAUGUCUCUGUUUAUCCAA